GCCUUGGGUUCCUGGGUAUGGACCGGGUCCUCGUUCAUCGUAGAGUCCCAGCAGAUGGACGAGGAGGACGAGGAGGAGGGGGGGAGAGAAGAAGAAGCAACACAUGAUCCCUCGCGGCAUUUCCGAAUUCAAGGAAAAAGACUACUUCUUCAAUAUCCACAAGUCGAGGACCCGCUCCCGCUGCCCGGUUCGUUUGGGAUUCACUUCCCUGGUUGGCGCUGCAGGCUGUCUGUCGGGCUGCAAUUUCCAAUUGGUCUGGCGUCUCAUCCUCGUCUUUUACUCUCCGAAGAAGGUCGGACUGAAAGGAGCGGGCACCCACCAUUCCAACAAGCCUCAUCCGGCUCUAGAGGCUCGCACCCUGGCAGUCCUGGUACCUCGCAAGGGCUCUUCUUCCCGGCAGCAUCAGGACCGCCCCUCGCAUGGUACGUGGCAGUUGCCGUCCGCUCGGGUCGUCGUCGAUGAGGAACUUCCCUGAACGUGGCGAGGUUUCACGCAGUGCCGACUCGAUAUUCCAUUCCUUCAUUUGUUUUGCCCUUGUCUGCUCUGGCAGUCAGCCUGUUGCUCCUCAACGACCCACGACUAAGUAAACAAACUUGGCAGUCUUACUACACUACACAGUCCAUGCACACUCAAGCCAGCAUGGAUGGCACCGAGUUGGUGUUUUCCCAAGGUGCCACAAUGCGUCGGGGUACCUAGGUAGGCCAGCUGCGGCCAGACCUUGUCCUCAAGUGCUUUUGAUGAAAGGCCAUGUCGAUGGCUUCUCGCAAGGUGACCACCACUCUGCAUCAUAGCAAGCUAGACCCCAGAAAUCGAGCGAGUAGCUCAAUUGCCUGCUGUCUCUCAAGACCAUUUAAGUCAUCAUGGUGCUCCCUGAGGACAUAGUAUUGCUCCGGCUGCCAAGCCAGUCGUUCAAAAGGCCGCCCCGAGCCGAUAAAUAAAGCGGAGACGCAUCCAUGCAACCGGCACCGGACACACCCACUCGGCAGUGGUGCUCAGCGUCAUUCAUUAUCAGCAGCCUCCAACAAGCUGGCUUCCAUGAUGUCCUUGACGGCAUACUCGAUUCAGAAACGGGCGUAUACCCCGAUUUCUCUCGUCGCAUUUAAGCUUCCUCAGGCUUGGUUCGGUCCAGUCCCCCAAGCCCAUCAUGAGGGGCCACGUGAACAGGCCUCUAAUAUCACAGAGAAUGCUUCUGUCCCUGCUCCUCUGUGGCUGCCAGGCCGGCUCAGCAGCUCUCAGUGACCCGUUCGACAUCAGAGAAGCCACUAUCGAUGGGAUACAUAAUGCCCUCUUUACUGGCCUGACAACUUGCCGCGAGGUGGUUUCAGCACAUCUCGCCCGUAUAGAGGCCUUCAACCCUGCUAUCAAUGCCAUUACAGCUUUGAACACAGAAGCACUGUCAGUGGCAGAGAGCAUAGACCUCAGGAUCUCGCAAGGGAAUAUUACAGGUUCCUUGCUCUGCGUUCCUGUCCUUGUCAAGGACAACUACGACUCCAUGCCAAUGAACACCACGGGCUCUUGCCUCGCGCUGGCAAACAAUACGCCCGCAGAGGAUGCACCGACGAUCAAAGCUCUCAAGGCAUCCGGUGCCGUCAUCCUGGGCAAGACGAACCUGCACGAGCUCGCCCUUGAAGGCCUCAGCGUGUCGUCCCUGGGCGGCCAGACCCUCAACCCUUAUGACCAGACUCGCACCCCGGGCGGCAGCAGCGGCGGGUCCGGGGCCGCCGUGGCCGCCAGCCUCGCAGUGUUCGCCACGGGGACAGAUACAGUCAAUAGCCUGCGCAGCCCUGCGGCGUCCAACUCGCUGUUCAGCUUUCGUCCCACAAGGGGCCUGAUCUCCCGUGCGGGCGUCAUUCCGAUUAGCUUCACGCAGGAUGCCGUCGGCGCAAUGGCAAGGACGGUGCGGGACCUGGCUUUCGCCAUGACGGUCAUGGCUAGCGUUAAGUAUGAUGAGCGCGAUAAUACUACGGCUUCGAUCCCGCCCGAGGUUGCCGGGAUGGAUUACGUUGCUGCCCUGCGUGGGGGCCCUGUGUUGAAUGGGUUGAGGCUUGGUUUGGUCCGGGGCUUCUUCAACUUUACGGAUUCGUCGGAGGUGACGCCUGUGAAUGAAGUCAUGGCUUCCAUGGUGUCAAGACUGGAAGCGGCCGGCGUAACUGUCGUGAACGUCAUCGAGCCCGUGUACAAUGCCACGGCGAUCAGUUCAAGCUUGGACGUCCAGGCGUACGAAUAUCGUGAGCUGUUGGAUGAGUAUCUGGCAGGACCAAAUUUGAGUGGCGACAAACCCGCCAGCUUCGCGGACCUUUACAAAAGCGACAAAUUCCUCGUCAUUCCAAACCAGUACUCUUUUGUCAACUUGUCUCUUGUCUCGUCCACUUCCAACACCAGCUAUUUCACAGCACAACGGGGUAUACAAAACCUCGCCAACGCACUCCAGAAGACCUUCUCCACGAACAAGCUCGACGCGCUUAUCUACCCAGAGCAGAAGAACCUUGUCGUCAAGACAGGCUCGCCGUCUCAGUCUGGACGCAACGGGAUUUUGGCAGCGCUGACUGGCAGUCCCGUUGUCGUUGUCCCGGCAGGCUUCUCAGCCCCGAGUGACGACGCACCCAUCGGCGUCCCAAUUGGGAUGGAGAUUCUCGGGUUGCCUUGGAGCGAGGAUCGCCUGCUCAGCAUCGCACAGCAGAUCAGCGAGCUGAUUCCCGUCAGAAAAAUGCCAGUCCUGACGAAUAGGACCGUGCACUCUAACUCCGAGUAUGAGAGUGUACCGACGGUGACGCCCCUGGCUAAUAUACCUGCCGAAUAUUCUAUCGGGAGGUUGAUUUGAUUGUUUGUAUCUUUAUUUGUGCAUAGGUUUCCAUUUGCAACUUGACCUGGUAAAUAAGAACUGAUAAGAGAAACAAUUCACCUCA